GCCGCGCGGACCCCGAUGGUUAAACACAUCGGCCCUCACUCUACAUUGUCAAUAUCAAUCAGUCCGCUGUUGAUAGUCCACGAUAUCUCACUCCGCUCCAAGCUGGACUGAAACAACACAACGAUGCAGACACCUACGCCGGCUGUACGGUGGCCUCCGCGACGGGUUCCGUGUGAUCCGACCAGCUCAUCGCCAGUAUCUGAUCGUCUAUGGGACUCGACGCCGAGCGAUGUUGAGAUAAAUCUCGUCACCGCAGCUUCUAGACUUGCGGACCUCUCUUUACCCACGAAUGCCUCGUCGCCGCAGAUGCUCGAGGCCUUGCUGGCCGGUCUGGAAGAUGCGGCCAUCGCAUUCGACGCUCUCGAUUUCCGGAAAGAUAUCCGCGCUGCGGCCGCGGGGAAUGAACAACUUGCUGAUAUUGAGCGGCAAAGUCGUGACUUGGUUCGGCACAUCGACUUUCUCCGUAUCCGAGCUACUUCCAACGCAAAAGCUGAUACAUCAAUCACCGAAGACGACAUUCGACUCGCUCAGCAGAUCGUGGCUGCGGUGGACGGCAUACUCAAGACCAUAGAGCAAGCAAGAGAAGACGUUGAUAUUGCGCUUGAAUGGAUCGAGCUCCGGGACGUUGUCAUGGCCGACCUGGCGGACGAGAUUGCAAACGGUCAGGACGUGGCCAUGGAGCUUGAGGGUUAUCGGCUCCAAAAACAUUCCGAGUGGCCUAUUCCUCAGAACGCAGCGGUGAAUAGCGUCAAGGGACUGGUGGAGUCUAUGAAGCAGAGUCCGGUCCCUGGUCACGGAAGGUUUGUCUGUCUAUCGGAAGAGGAUAAAAAGCAAAACAGAAUACUUCUCAACCUGUUCAAGAAAAUUCAGCCUUUACGAACAAGUCUUGAGUUUCUAGACAUGCGCAUCGUUGAAUUUUCGCAGCGUAUUGGAACCAAAUUCAGUUCAUCGCUGGAAGAUCUAACGACGCAGCGGGAGGAGCUCGAUGCAAAGUGGAGCAAGCUUUCAGCAGAUGCCGAGCUCAUCAAGAAGGAGUUUGGCGAAGACAGAUGGGUGGCUUUGCUUAUCGACUCGGGAAACCAGGCUAGAAAGUUGAUGAGUGGUCUCGAGCAGCAAAUGAACUCGCUUCUUGAUAUCAGCUCUGUUGAAGCGGUGGUUGGGUCUCCUGCGCCACUGAGCAGUAGCCAGAGAAUCCAGCAGUACGAGCUGAGCGCAAAAGAACAUAUUCCAGAGACACUUAAGAUUCUCAGCCUUUUGGAACGAGCUACUAGAGAUAAGGUCACGACUAGUAAUGAGGUUGCUCGUGAAAUUGCCCACCUAAAGAACUUCUGGGCCGAUUUCGAGGAGCACGUCAGCGAGAUUGAUCAGAAAUACGGACUCGACAUUUCCAACGUGAUUGGCGAACUCACGGUGAGGGACCGCAGCAGUCGAGUUUCUCAGAGAUCGUCAUCGAUUAUGUCGUUCCGUGGUAGCCGCAGUCGCAGUCGUUCCUCGUGCUCGGCCACUUCGAGUGUAGAUUCGAUCGCUGAAGCAAGCUCGCCCGACUACCUCAGAUCGUCGUCUCCUUUUGAUGAAGACCCGAGUAUGCGCACGCCUAUGCCUUUGAAUGGCAGGCGGAAGCAGAGCCUGUAUACUCCGACGCUGAGCAAAACCUCACAGCUGGAUUUGCAGCACCCAAAGAUCCAGGCUACGCCUCGUUCUGCUAUCCCGCUUCCGAAGCGGUCUCUGCAAACUCCAAAAGUCUCAGCAUCGGUUUCGCCGUGUAAGAUACCGCGUCCUGCGACUCCUUCCGACAGGAAACGCCGCGCAUCAAGUAUCCCACAGCCCAAAUAUUCAGCCGUACCCGUACCUGUGAUAGCACCCGAAGCGGCCGCUAGCGAAGCUCACCCGGCAAGUCCUCAGAGGACUAGCAACUUUGCGGCACCUACUUUGUCGUCGACUUUGAAGAAGAAAGCGAGCACUCGCGAGUUGCAGCAAAAGACGGGUUCUGUCAUGGCUACUCCGCAGCGCAAGCAGAGCAUUAGUUCUGCGACUCCGAUCGGGAUGACUGAUACCAUACGAAGGGCUAGGAAAAGCUCGCUCAUUCCUCAGACACCGCAAUCUAUUUCUAAAGUGAAGACCGCAGCCGCGCGCCGCCAGUCCACAGCAGCUAGCAAAGACCCGUUUGGGCCGACUUCAACCACGACGCUCAAUCAUCGCGCUAGCACUCCCAAUCUGAAUCGCAAGGCAUCGGCAGCUAACAUUUCUGCACCAAUGGAAGCCAAAAAGGUUCCUCCUCUCCCAGCUCUUCCAAAGUCGCCCACGAAAAAGAGUACCGCAUCGGCAGCCUACAAGCUCAGCACUGUCGCUGCCAUGUCGCCCAAUUCCCAGCAGAAGUUCUACAUCAAGUACAGCCCUGGCGACGAAGAUUUCACCUCUGCUGGAUCAGGAGACGUGCCGACUGCGCCGACGAUGGCUCCCAAGAUGAUGGCCCGAACUACGGCCGGAUCGGGAGCGCCGACACUAUCGCCAAAGAAAAGUAUGCCGAAUAUGUCUGCGCAAAAGCCGCGAUGGCGGUGAACUCGAGCCUAGGCAUUGGUUUGUUUUUUUGUUUGGUUUUUAGCUGCAUUUAGUUUUGUUUACACAUUUGGGUGAUUUUGAGAUUUUGUUGAUAGAGGAUUUUUUUACUUAUUUUUUCUGGGGAUUAUGUGAGUGGGGUGGUUUAUUUUCAUUUUUAUCUUUUUAAUAUUAGGAUUCUACGCGGCGUGGUAUUUUAUUUCACUAUUUUUUCCUAUUUAUUGGUUUUCUUGGGGUGAUCGUAUUACCGCCAAUAUGAUGUUGGACGCUCAAUUGGGGUGUGUACGAGUGUUGUAUGCUGCAUAUCCUGUGUUUAUGAGAAUGAAUUCAUUCAAUAGUUAUUUCAAGCGUUUUUUUGAGUAAUUGUUACGAUGAAAGGCUGGUGAAGAAGAUGAAGCGACGACAGACUGACGACUCUGUCAAUACAUGACAGA